CGCUAGAUAACUUCACCCACACACUCAACCCUAUUGCCCAACGCACAUUGCGCUUCAUCCGCACCCCGAAUCACCACCCACCAUGUCCACAUCCACCCCGUCCACAACCCACACAGGCACCUGCCUCUGCCGCGCCAUCCACUUCACCGUCGCCGGCCCCCCCACCGCAGUCUACUGCUGCUACUGCCGCGACUGCUCCCUGGGCGCCGGCGGGCCCUGCCAGAUCACCGCACGCUACCCCCGCUCCCAGUUCACCCUUCACGAUACACAAGGGCAGCUAUGCACCUACGCGAUCACGGACACAACGAGCGGGGCGCCCAAGCACAAGUAUUUCUGCGGAAGGUGCGGAUGCACCGUCUACACUGUCCCGCGCGCGACCGAGGAGGGGGGGAUUGUGGUGGUUAGGCCAGCGUUGAUUCCUAAUGGAUUGGAGAUCUUCAGGCCGCAGAUUGAGUGUUUUACGCGGCAUCGGCCGGGGUGGCUUUCUGGGUGUGAGGCGGUGGAGGAGAGGUUUGAGGGGAGUUCGAGGAGUUAGGGUUUUGGUCUGGUAAUUGGAUUGCAGUUAUCGGCGUGUCUGGAACAGGAUUGAGAGGUGGGGGCAAUUGUGGAUGUUUAGAAGGUCGUUUAAGAAACGCUUUCUAGGCGCAAAGGUUAUACAGUUGGCUCGUAUCUGGUGCUGUCUGCAUUGUCUCAGUAUUUGCGGAUACGGAGGUGUUUUCCUGGGCUGUUGAUGGC